CCCCGCCCGCUCAUCCUAUAAGAAGGCUGCCAGCGGCGGCCCCUUCUCCUCGCCUCGCUGCUCGCCUCGCCGCCCGGUACCGCGCUCCUGCCUCCGUCCCUACCUGCCGCAGCCCCGCACCCCGGCCCGUCUCCGGCUCUGUCUCUUUCUGCUUGUGCCCUCUCGUCCCAGCGCUGCACUGCGCUUCCCUCGCCGGUCGCCCCCGCAGCCUAUGGCCCUGGAAGGCGCCGCUGCCGCCGCCUGUAUUUCUGCUGUAGGUUCCCACAUCCCUCUUUAAAAAUUCCGCCUAAAAAGAGAAGACGAUUUACCAAAUCUUUCGGGCCGUUAUCUCACGGCAAAAUCUCUGAUCAAGUUUACAACUAUCCAGAGGGCUUAGGAGAAGUGCUUUAUAGAGAACAGUUCGAUUUCAACGCUGAGCCACCUUGGGAACCUAGCUGAUGAUAGUAGGGUUCCAUCUCCUAACUUGUCCAUUUUGUUGCAUAAUUUAAGGCCCCAGCUCUGAGGCUUGGAAGCCCAUCCCCUGUGUUUCUUGGUUUAUGACUGUCGGCUUUGUGGAAUACGGCUGAGAUGAAAGGAUUCCUCGAGGAUGCAAAUUACUCCAUUGGUCUGUUGGAUGAAGGAGCAACUCUUGCAGAUGUUAUUGACAACUGUAUUUAUGAACAUACUCAUACUGAAAAAAGAGCAUUUUAUGUUGGUGAUCUUGGAAAGCUGGUGAAGAAGAACAUACAAUGGCAGAAUGUGAUGGCACCAAUAAAACCAUUUUACCCUGUAAGAUGCAACUCUACUCCAGGUGUACUUGAAAUUUUGGGAACCCUUGGGGUCGGAUUUGCAUGUUCCAGCAAAUCUGAAAUGGCAUUGGUGCAAGACCUGGGCAUUUCUCCUGAAAACAUCAUCUAUACAAAUCCUUGUAAGCAAGCUUCUCAGAUCAAGUAUGCAGCAAAAGCUGGGAUAAACAUCAUGACUUGUGACAAUGAUGUUGAGCUGAAGAAAAUUGCACGGAACCAUCCAAAUGCUAAGCUCUUACUGCACAUUGCCACAGAAGGCAUUACUGCUGAUGAGGAGGUGAAUAUGAAGUUUGGCACCACUCUGAAGAAUUGUAGGCACCUCAUGGAAUGUGCUAAGGAGCUGGGAGUCCAAAUAGUUGGUGUCAAAUUUCAUGUUUCGGGCUCUUGCAAGGAACUGCAAAGCUACAUUCAUGCUAUAGCUGAUGCUCGGUGUGUGUUUGACAUGGCUGAAGAAUUUGGCUUUAAGAUGAACAUGUUGGAUAUUGGUGGGGGCUUCACAGGUUCAGAGCUUCAGCUGGAAGAGGUUAAUCAUUCCAUCAGGCCAUUGCUGGAGGUCUACUUCCCUAAGGAAUCUGGUGUCCAUGUGAUUGCAGAGCCUGGGUGUUACUACGUCUCCUCUGCAUUCACACUGGCAGUUAACAUCAUUGCAAAGAAGAGCGCUGAGUAUGAGAAACUUCUUCCUUCUGGAGUGGAGCAAACCAGGAAUGAUGAUGAACCAGUAUUUACAUACUACAUAAAUGAUGGUGUCUAUGGUUCCUUUGCAAGUAAAUUGUCUGAGAAACUGAAUGCUAUCCCAGAGGUUCACAAGAAAUACAAGGAAGAUGAGCCUCUGUUUGCAAGCAGCCUUUGGGGUCCAUCCUGUGAUGAGCUUGAUCAAGUUGUGGAAAGCUGUCUUCUCCCUGAGCUGAGCGUUGGAGAUUGGCUGAUCUUUGACAACAUGGGCUCUGGCACCUUGGGUGAACAGUCUGCCUUCAACGACUAUCAGAGGCCACUGAUUUACUACAUGAUGUCUUUCAGUGACUGGGAUGAGAUGCAAGACGCUGCAAUCGCUUCAGACACAUUGAUGAAGAACUUCUUCUUUGUGCCUUCUUGCGUUCAGCUGGGCCCAGAAGACCGCUUUUCCACUGCAGCUUAAGCUUCAUUUAGACCUGCAGUUGCAAGGCUGUAGUUUGUCUGGUCAACAUUCCAGUGCAGAAGAAAAUGGAACAAUCUUGGAUUCAACUCAUUCUCUUCAAAACUUGAAAGAAAAAAAUAGUACUAGCUAAUGGGGACCAGGCAAAACAAGCUACAGCUCCAGUUCACCAGGGGCUGGGGGAGGGUGGGGGGUGGGAGGGUUAGAGAACGGUGUCCAAAUUCAAAAUCAAGUUCAUUCAACCCCCUGAGCGUUUAAAUAUGCAACAAAAUGGAUGACUUAGUGGAGAUGGAAACCCAUCCCUUGGGUUCUUCAACAGUUUACAUACAAGUACACAGUUUUUAUACUAAGGAUUCCUGUUAGAAAAAGUCCUGUAAAGUUAUUGUCUUUCGCCCAGCUCUAUCAGAUGUCAGUGGGAGAGCAGUGUGACUUCAUUAGAUGUUUAGUGUAUUUAGAAUGUGUAAAUUUGUGCUUUGAACUGUAGUUUAAUAAAUGUAAAAUUGCAUCAUAGUAUUUGUUGUACUUGACCCAUGAUGGAUUCCCCCUUGUAUGAUUGCAAUAAAACCUUGUGUAGAUUUUACUGUUUUUCAGGCUAACUUCGGGCUGGGCUAGGCAGAAGGAGGCAGCAGCCAAAUAGCUGUGUUUGGAGAAGCCUUCUUUUCUCUAGCCCAUUACUUCAGCUUUGUACUACACCAGAAGGACAGGAAAACCAAACCCAAGGCUGAUAAAACCUGUAUGAAAGUCGUUUGAAGGCUAAAAGGUAAUUUGUGGUGUGCUUUUUAGACCACCUCGACUGAGUUCUUGCACUGAACAGCAAACCUGCACUAGGUGUGGGUGUGCAGAGAGGAGGUGGUUGUCUAGCUAGCCUGCAUGGAGUGUCCCCCGGGCUGCAUGGCUCCCUCUUGCUCUGCAGCUUGUCACAGCAUCUCUGGCUUUUGGUUCUCCUUUUUGAAAUGGCACUUGAAGGUUUUGUCCUUUGACUUCAGCUAGUGGCAUGGUGCAGUCCCCUGAGAGAAGGGCUCCAGAGCCUCAGUGCUCCCUUCUGCUGGGCUUGCUUUCCAUCUAUCCAUAGAGAGGAGGGUAAAGCACACUACCACCUGCACCGUGUAACUGCAACUGCUGAAUCUCCUCAGAGCAUUUCUCCAUUGUCCUAUUAGAGCAUUUUUGUGUCUUCAAGGUACUGCUAAUACUUACUUAACUUCCUCUGCUUCAGCUUGGAGAAAGGAGUGCCAGUGCUUGCAAAUGAUGCUUUCAGUUCUGGAUCCUUUAGUCCAAGGGGACUCGAGUUGGAAGCAGAAUUUCUGCCUUUUGUUUGCAAAGUGUGUUUGACCUGAGUGCCAGCUGGUAGGAAACCUUAACUUCUGUCUCUGUAGAACAAAGAUUGCAUGAAACUCAAAACUUUUGCUUGGAAGUAAGGAAAACUCAGUUUGGACUCAUCAGAGCAAUUGUACAGGGCAGCUAAAAGGUACAGAAUGGUUUUAUCUUUUGAAGAUGCAGGCCAAGAAAUAUUUAUUACUGCAAUUAAGGAAAGGGAGUACAUAAUAUUAGUGGGAAAGGUGGCUUGUGGGGUUUAAGCUGAGCUUACUGGCUGCCCCCUUGCUUCAAGAAUUUGAUGCCACCUCAGUCUGGCAUUGAGGUCUUUGCUGCAUAUGGGGUUUUUUGACUACAAAUUACUGUUGCUUAAGAUAAUUUUAAAGGCUUCUCUUCUGCAGACUUAAGGAGAGUUGGUUUGUGCUUGUUUAAAGGAUCAGCUGGAAAGACAAAAGUCAUCUACAAACGGUAGAGUGGUCAGAGCAGAAAUCUUUGCGCUUGGAGACAGUUGGCAAUUAAAGAACCUGGUGCUGGGGCACAGCAUGCAUUUCAAUCUGCUGAGUAUUACUACUGCUAUUGUAACUGCUACUCACUUUUACUCCAUGCAAAAGAUUUCUGUAUGGUGCUUGGCACUAAGGUAGCUCUGCCACACUCGGUACAUUGCAGCCCCUCUCGUUGCCUGAGCUCUUGUAGCCCAACUGCUCCAGCUAGCUGCGGUAGCUGGAAUGCCUUUGGUACUGCUCCAUGUGAACGGUGUUUUGGUGUACAACGCACUUACUGCAUGCCAGACAGACCCCACCUUGCUUUGGCCUCGAGUGCUUCCCUGGUCCAGCCUUCCACUCUGCAUGCCAUUUCCCAAGGAAGAUCCAGGGCCACAACCUGAGACAACGCUGAGUUACUGGUGGGGAGAAAAUGACUCUGCUGUUUCCUUGUGCGUCCAAGCAGCUGUGCAACUGGCUCAGAAUAAAAGCGGGUGCCCUGGAUCCACCA